AUGCUCUCGUCAAGGAACUACAUGUGGGGGCUAUCCGAACUUCCUAAGAUGGAGAGCUGUGGAAAAGGUCCUCGGAAGAUGAGCGAGCGACGAUCGACAAAAUCAUCGUACCGUUCCCUUCGGGAAAAAGGCGAUGCGUCUGCUAACUUGCCGAUCACACAAGCUAUCUUAGACGAUUCCUGGUCUACCCUGACUAACAUACUGAACCCGUCUACAACUGCCCUACAUGAGACUGUCGGAGCAGAAAGCACAGCAAUCGGGACGGGACACAUAGCCAGUGACUUUCCUUUUGGACUCUCAGAACAAGAGCAAUUGAUCGUACAUAGGAUGUACAAUUCCUCUACCGGGACAUCUACGGAGCCUCCCAACUCUGACUGUUUUUCAACCGCAGUUGCAGUGAAUCUGGCUAACCACGAAUUGACAGGGCUUCAUGACUUGAGCUUGGAAACAACUGGAGACGCUUCAGCAAGCGACGAUGACCUAUGCAGGGCCAUUCAAAGCCAUGAAGAGAUUAUCCAGAGAGACGAGAGAUUCCAAAGGGUUGAUAUUGAGGAGUCCCAGUGGCAACAUGACUUCCAGUCGGGCGGGGGCUUCUAUGCUGAUAUAUUUAGGUCUGAUAAUUUGGAUCCAAAUGAAAUGAAUACUCUUAUCCAGCAGUUACAGUUCCCCGAUAAUAGGCAGGGAAUGGUCAGACGCUUAUUCGUGGAGCAUACGUCCAACAUACUGUCUAUCAGGGACGGCGAUACCAUGGACCCAUGGCAAACGUUUAUCUGGCCUAUGGCGCGCGAUUUCCCUGCGCUCUACCAUGCUCUAGCUGCAAUGACUUGUGCACACAUAAGCAAGAGUCAACAGCAAUUUAAGCUACUCGGCAUGAAACACUUCAAUCUCAGCAUUCAAGCUCUUGUCCUUGGCAUGGACAACGGCAGUAUGCCUUUGGAGGCUGCACUUGCCACCAGGCUCGCCCUUGCCUUCGCUGAGUCCUGGGACUGUCACACACCAGCAACGGGGACCACUCAUCUCAAUGACGCCAAAGCACUCAUUCAACAAGCUCUACAGGAUAACUUUACUUCCGGGACAGUAAACAGUGAACUGGAAUGUCUGAAAUUCCUUGUCAACACCUGGUUAUACAGGAACGUCAUUGCUCGCUUGACAUGCACCGAAACUACAGACACCACGGUCGCCGAACCUACGGCCACAUACACUUGUAUAAUACCUCAUAUAGGUGAAAAGGAUAUUGACCCGCUCAUGGGUUGCGGUACUGCACUCUUUCCGUCAAUUGGCCGCCUGGUGGAGCUUGUCCGUCGCGUCCGUGGCCGGCCAGAGAAUCGUAAUUCUCCUGCGAUCAUCUCCAAAGCCAUUGAAAUAAAGAUGGCUAUAGAAGACUGGGUCUCGCCUGUGGACUCCGACAGCCCGAGCUCAAAUAUUUCGGACUUGAUACAGACCGCAGAGGCUUACCGAGGCGCUGCGCUUCUGCUUCUUCGGCAAGCAGUUCCGGAGCUUCCUGCCUCAUGUUCGAUGUCGAAGUUAGCACAGAAAACUCUCGUCUUUCUCGCCACUACACCGCCAUCAUCUCGGACGAUACAUGCGCAAAUAUUCCCGUUGAUGGUAGCGGGCUGUGAGACGUUCGAUGAGGACGAUCGAGAGUGGGUCCGUCAGCGCUGGGAAGUUAUGUCCCGGCGCUUGAUGACCGCAGUACCAGAUCGAUGUAGAGAUAUAACAAUGGAGGUCUGGCGAAGGAGGGACGAAUUUGAAACACGCCACGGGCUACGUGACUUGAUCAAAGCCCACCGGCCCUUUCCCAUCAUAAGUCGUCGUGCAAUGGAUACCUCGACGCUUUACGAUUCACUUCGUGUUCCUAAGAGCAACAUUGACAGCACUAUGAGUCACGAGGGCCCGGGGAACUCGUCUUCUGCGGAAAUGCGGUCAGGUCCAAGGUCAUCCGACUUUCCAGACUCGGCUGCAUUUCAGAAAGGGACCGAUCCUGUUACAAGGGCAGGAUUUAUUAACUACACCAUUAAGGGUGAGCUGCAUUGGCUCAGGGUCAUGGAAGAUUGGAACUGGGAAAUUAUGCUCGCGUGA